AUGAUCAACUCUCUAUAUCAGGUGGAGUUCAUGCAUGUGCAGGACAAUGCCCUAAAAGGGCAUGUUCCUGUGACUGUCUUCAACAUGUCUUCUUUGACUAUGUUGACACUAUUUGGAAACAGCUUGAAUGGUGGUGGCAUUCCAGACAAUAUAUGUCAGCAUCUUCCUAAUAUUCAGGUGCUGAAUUUGGGUACUAUACCAGAUGAGAUUGGUGAUCUUCAGCAUUUACAGGUUUUUUCAUUCGGGGUUAAUAAUCUCAAUGGCCCCAUCCCAUCAACAAUCUUCAAUAUGUCCAUGUUAACAGCAAUUUCUCUUGCUAGUAAUCAGCUCUUAGCUUUAAGAAUUCUAUCAUUAGGUCCUAAUUUAUUAACUUCCACAAUACCAUCUACUUUGUGGGGACUUGAAUAUAUCCUGAACCUAGACUUGUCAGCCAAUCUUCUAAAUGGAUCUGUCUUAGAAGAUAUUGGAAAAUUGAAAGUCCUGACAGCUUUGGAUUUAUCAAACAACCAAUUAUCAGGUAGUGUACCAAGCAAAAUUGGGGGUCUUAAAGAUUUGGUUCAACUCUCCUUGUCAAAUAAUAAUUUAAAAGGCGUUAUUCCUAGUUCAUUUGGGGAAUUGAUUGAAGGGGCUUUCAAGAGUUUUGAUAGUGAAUGUGAUGUUCUGAGCAAUAUUCGCCACUGA